AUGGAAUUCAUUAGUUUACAAAACAAAGAGUCCAGAAAUUGUAAAGAUCUGACAGGAUUGGAAGGAGAGGUUUACAUCGUGGUACGGGCUCUGGCUCUGCUUGUCUAUCAUGGUCUCGGCUCAGCUUCGGAUCUGGUCCUCAGGCAGGGGUUUCUCCUGUUAACAAAGUACCCGCAGCCAUUCCACUCUUAUCAAGGGCGGUGGGCCGUGAGGUGGGGCCCGGGCUCCACGCUCACGACGGCCUGCCGCCCCCAGGACGUGUUCCUCAUGAUCCGGCGCCACAAGACCACCAUCUUCACGGACGCCAAGGAGUCGAGCACUGUGUUCGAGCUAAAGCGCAUCGUCGAGGGCAUCCUCAAGCGGCCGCCGGACGAGCAGCGGCUGUACAAGGAGCAGCUUCUGGACGACGGAAAGACAUUGGGCGAGUGUGGCUUCACCAGCCAGACGGCACGGCCUCAGGCCCCAGCCACUGUGGGGCUAGCUUUCAGGGCAGAUGAGGCCUUUGAGGCCCUGCGCAUCGAGCCCUUCUCCAGCCCACCCGAGCUGCCAGAUGUGAUAAAGCCACAGGACUCAGGAAGCAGCGCCAAUGAACAAGAUGUGCAGUGAGAGGCCCCCGCAACCGCCCUACCCCCCCCCCAAUAAAAGAGAUUUGGGUG